GUAAUUGUCUCUUGGGUAUAAUUUUAUUGAUAUCCUUCUUUAUAGAACGAUUUAACAGGAAAAUGCUAUCGAUACGACAAACAAACGUUCUUAGACUUUGGAUAGACUUUCAAUAUAACGAAUACACUCCUUUGCAAUUCAGAACUUCAGGCAAAGUGGUCAUACACGAAGCAACUAACUUACCAAAUCCCGAAUGGAGUGGACUUAAUAUAGAACCUGGAUUUUUUUAUAAGAUCAAAAUCCAGCAGCUUACUAAAGAGUUACUGCCUGCACCUUAUCAAACGAAUUGUAUCGAUUAUUCAAAAUUCCCCCGGGAUAUGAGGAGCAAUGCUAAAUUAGAUCAAGAAAGUUGUGUAGACGAAUGUUUAUUGAAUCACACCAUUAAUAUAUGCGGAUGUACUUUCAUGCGGUUAGCAUUAAGUUAUAACAGGAAGAUAUGUGAAUCGGAAGAGAGUUUAAAAGGAAGUUCAUGCGAGAAAAAUGACAAAUUUUGUGUUUGCUACGCGAAAAAAGAAGCUGCUAAACAUUGUCCGCAUCUUUGCAAGUUAUCUUGCAAACAGGUUUAUUACGAAGAAAAGGGUUUAGAAAUCUUAAAUUGGCCUGGAAGUAUUAAGAAAAUAUCGAAUUAUUACAAUUACACCAAUUUGACUGAAGCUAGGAAGACAGUUGCUUCCGUUCAAAUAUUCUUUACAACAAUGGAGACGACUACAAGAAAAUAUCAACCUAAGUAUCAUUUUGUAGAGAUUUUUAGUUACUUGGGUGGUUUCGUGGGAUUGUGGCUCGGAGUAUCUCUUCUUAACAUCUUCGAAUAUAUAAAAGAUGAAGCAUUGUGUCUUGCCAGAUGUGUGAGGAAAAUAAAGAAGAAAAGUGUCAAACAUGGCGAUAUUUCUGCACAUAAAGAAUAGGAAAUUUUAUCAGAGUACUUUCUCCAUUAAAAGCUCUCAAUACUGCUUUGAAUAUUCAUCAAAUUUUGUUUAUGGAUACAUAUUUUGGAGGGGUUUUUGCUAUUAGGAUGGUCUGUUAUGUAAAGUGUAAAAGAAAUCCACGCCCAAUUAUGUUAACUAAAUUACUUGUAAUGCUUUGUUUAUAGUAAAAUAAA